UGUGGUUCGCUGUGGGCGGUGCACUGGGUCAGUCCCGCGAUAGCCUCAGGCCUGGCGGCGGCUUCCAAGCUAAGGAACGGUUUGGGGUAGUGUCGUUCCCGACCGCCGUUACCCGCUCACCAGCUACGCGGCGCGUCAGGUCCCCGGAGACGCGGGCUCGGGAGGUGCCUGCGGGACGGCGAGGCCCUGCUGAGGACUCCGGACACUGCCCAUCUCUAAGAUAAGAACCUGGAAAGGGGACUCUGUUGGCCAUUGGAAAUUGCCGAAUAAUGUCUCAGGUGACAUUUAGCGAUGUGGCUAUAGACUUCUCUCAUGAAGAGUGGGCAUGCCUAGAUUCUGCUCAGAGGGACUUAUACAAGGAUGUGAUGGUCCAGAAUUAUGAGAACCUGGUCUCUGUAGGUCUUUCCAUAACUAAGCCAUAUGUGAUCAUGUUAUUGGAGGAUGGAAAAGAGCCCUGGACAGUGGAGAAAAAACUGUCAAAAGGUAUGAUUCCAGAUUGGGAAUCAAGAUGGGAAAACAAGGAAUUAUCAACAAAGAAGGAUAUUUAUGAUGAAGAUUCACCCCAACCAGUAACAACAGAAAAAGUUGUAAAACAAAGUUAUGAAUUUUCAAAUUCUAAUAAGAAUUUGGAAUAUACAGAAUGUGACAUAUUUAGAAGCACCUUUCAUUCAAAGUCUACUCUUUCUGAACCACAAAACAAUUCUGCUGAAGGGAAUUCACACAAAUAUGAUAUAUUAAAGAAGAAUUUAUCAAAAAAGUCAGUUAUAAAAAGUGAGAGAAUAAAUGGUGGAAAGAAACUUUUAAAUUCUAAUAAAAGUGGGGCAGCCUUCAACCAGAGCAAAUCUCUUACCCUUCCCCAGACUUGUAAUAGAGAGAAAAUCUAUACAUGCAGUGAAUGUGGGAAAGCCUUUGGCAAACAGUCAAUCCUCAAUCGCCACUGGAGAAUUCAUACAGGAGAGAAGCCCUAUGAAUGUCGUGAAUGUGGGAAGACUUUUAGCCAUGGCUCAUCCCUUACACGACAUCAGAUAAGUCAUAGUGGAGAGAAACCUUACAAAUGUAUUGAAUGUGGGAAGGCCUUUAGCCAUGGCUCAUCGCUUACUAACCAUCAGAGCACUCACACUGGAGAGAAACCAUAUGAAUGUAUGAACUGUGGAAAGUCUUUUAGUCGUGUGUCCCUUCUCAUUCAGCAUCUAAGAAUUCAUACGCAAGAAAAACGCUAUGAGUGUCGUAUAUGUGGAAAGGCCUUCAUUCAUAGUUCAUCUCUCAUUCACCAUCAGAAAAGUCAUACUGGAGAGAAACCUUAUGAGUGUAGAGAAUGUGGGAAAGCUUUCUGCUGUAGCUCACACCUUACUCAACAUCAAAGAAUUCACAGCAUGAAGAAAAAAUAUGAAUGCAACAAAUGUCUCAAAGUCUUUAGUAGCUUCUCAUUUCUUGUUCAGCAUCAGAGUAUUCAUACUGAAGAAAAACCCUUUGAAGUUUAGAAAUGCAGGAAAUCCUUCAACCAGCUUGAAUCAUUGAAUAUGCAUUUGAGAAAUCACAUUAGAUUGAAACCCUAUGAAUGCAGUAUAUGUGGGAAAGCCUUUAGUCAUAGGUCGUCCCUGCUUCAACAUCACAGAAUUCAUACUGGAGAGAAACUUUACAAAUGUAUUAAAUGUGGGAAGACCUCCAGCUGUAGUUCAAACCUUACUGUACAUCAGAGAAUUCAUACUGGAGAAAAGCCAAAUAAAUGUAGUGAGUGUGGGAAAGCUUUUAGCAAAGGCUCAAAUCUUACUGCCCAUCAAAGAGUACAUAAUGGAGAGAAUAGUGUGGUAAGUGUGGAAAAGCCUUUAGGUCAUAUGAAUCCCUAUACAUGUGAGAAAUCUUACAGAAGAGAAGCAGUGUUUAUCAUGGUAAACUUCAUUCAUAGAUCCUCCCUUAUUUAACGUCAGAAAAAUUUAUACUGGGGAAAAGUUGUAUGAAGGUGGUGAACAUGGGAGACUUUUAGCAAUGAUGCAGAUGUUUUUAUUAGAGUUUAUACUGUAGAGAAAUUAUAUGAAGUCAGUAAAUGUGGGAAAGCCUUUGUCAGUAUUAAUCCCUUAAUUGACAUAAGUAUACUCACACCAGUUAAAAUCUGUGUACAUGUAGCAAAUAUGGGAAAGACUAUAGGCAAUAGGAAUCUCCUACAAACUCCUACAGGAGAAAAGUUGUAUGAAUGUGGAAACUUUAGAAAUUGAAGGAAUUGCUCAGUUCCAAGUGUAUCCCUUAUUCUAUAGGAAAUAAACUGGAGACAAAUCUCAUUUAAGAGAUGCAGCAAAGUGUUCACUAAGAGUGUUUAUCUUGCCAGACAUCAGAAGAUGAAUGGUAGAGCAACCUGAAGGAUUUAGAAAUUCCAUGUAAAUCUUUGCAGUGAUGCUAUUUGUAAACAGGAUUCUAUAGGAGAGCAAAUAAACAUAAGUGUGCAUUUCUUAGAGCACUAGCUUGCAGUUUCAUUUGAGUUCUACUUAGAAAUUCUUUUUAGCUAGUGGGCAUGUGAAGAUAUUUAGUCACCCAGAGGAGCCAGUAAAUGUUACAAUGUUAAAAAUUAAAGCUGCAAAAGAAAUAAAAUGGUGUUUAUAAAAGUUUGGCAUCUAAUAAAAUAAUUUUGUAUAUCAUGAA